CGCAUGUUGCCCGAAAUCACACCACUGAAGGGGAAAACAUGGGACGGAAGGAUAAAAGUAAAGAUUCUAUAAACAAGGACAGGGAACCUGGCGAAGCCGUUCUCUCGAAACAUCCAGGAAAACGUAACCCGACUGCAGGAGUGUCUGAAAAUGGCGAUGAAAUUCCGAAAAAGAAGGUUAAAAAGCACACCGUCGACGAUAGCAUAGUAGGAGGCACAACAUCGGACCAGGUGCCGGGCAUUGUGCUUAGAAAACAAGAGGGAAAACGAGCCAAAAAACGCAGGAAGUGCGAAGAGGCUCUGACGAAAUCGAAGGACCUGCAGAAGGAGCGAACUGAAAUUCGGGAAUAUUUGAAUUGUUGGAGUGGCCAGCGGGAAAAAUGGAAGUUUCAAAAGUUAAAGCAAAUAAUCAUUCAAAGGCAUAUUCUUGACGAAAGCCACAUAGAUGCAGAAACGUGGCCAAUUGCACUGGAAUACGUGAGUGCGGCCAGAGGGGUCAGCCGAACCGUUUUGAUAAAGACCGCCGAAACCGCGAUACAAACACUGGAUGCUGCAGUUGAGGACAACAAUGAUGAUUCCUUGCACGCCAGCAGCAAGUACAAGCGGGCGAGAGAACUUUUGCAGUCGCUGGGAUGAAACAGAGGAUGUAAAUAAAUUUAAACACCGGCGAAGCUC